AUGCAACUUGCUCUUUUCGCUUGGUUCGUGCUGAUUUGGGCACUUGUAGCUGCUUCGGUUACGCCCUUUGACUCGCCCGACUUCUGUCUGCAGAUCAUCACCCCAACAUGCAACACAACCUUCUCCUACAUUGAUCAGAUGAAUGCUCAUCUCCGGCCUGUGCUCCAGAAACUCAUACAGACGCCGUUUUUCCGCCACUUCAAGCUUGACUUGGACAAACAGUGCAAGUUCUGGAACGCCCAGCAUUUCUGUGCCACCCGCAACUGUGCUGUUGAGGUUUUGGACAAGUUCAACUGGUCCGAGGUGUCAGAAGAACUCAGCCCAGCGCAGUUGGGCCUGAUCCAAAGAGAGCCUGCCGGCAACGACGUGGCCGAGACAUGCGAGGAUUUGGACUACUGCCACAUUGACGAAGGCAACAACUGUGUCUUUGUGGACUUGGUGGAAAACCCAGAACGCUUCACCGGAUACGGUGGUGUGCAGUCGUUUGAUGUGUGGAAGGCCAUUUACUCGGAGAAUUGUUUCCCCAACACCAGCCCCAUGUCGCUGGACGGCGAGCGCGAGCAAUGUGUGGAGAAGAACUUGUUUUACCGUGUGAUUUCCGGUCUCCAUGCGUCGAUUGCCGUGCACUUGUCAAACGAGUACUUGGACCUGACCACAGGCGAGUUCAAGCCCAACCUCCAGGUUUUCAUGGACCGUGUAGGUAAGUUUGGCGAUCGCUUGUCCAACAUCUACUUCAACUAUGCGCUUGUAUCGCAGGCGAUUGUUCGGUUGUCCGAGUUGGUACUGGUGCCCUCGUACAUCGAGAACAACGCAAAGGCCGACUCGGACCAGCUUGUGAUCAACUCGCAUGUCAAUGUGCGCCAGUACGGAGAAAUGUUGGGCGAGAUCACUUCGGAAUUGGCCCAGGAGACGCUUUUCGAUGCCCACAGGCUUUUCGACCCGCAAACCGUCGACCCAGAGUUGAAAAACGAAUUCAGACUGCGCUUCCGCAAUGUGUCGGCCAUCAUGGACUGCGUUGGAUGCGACAGAUGCCGCAUGUGGGGAAAGUUGCAGACGAUCGGUUACGGAACAGCGCUCAAGAUCUUGUUUGACCUGGAAGACCCAGACAUUCAACACUUGGUGAAGUUCCGCCGUAUUGAGUUGGUGGCGCUCUUCAACACAUUCGACCGUCUCUCGAAAUCCGUUGCAUCCAUCAACAACUUCAAGCAAAUGUACUUGCGCCACUUGCAGGAUGUUGCAGAAGGGCGGGCGCAGAUGGGAGAUUAUGAGCCGCUUCAUGACCGAGGCCUCGAGUUCCCAUUCAUGGCAUUCCAGCCUAAAGAAAAGAAAACAGAGGCUGAAAAUGAAUUGCCUGAGAAAGUAGUGGUACAGGAAGGUAUUUUGACACACAGUACGCAACAACAGACUUUCUGGGAUGAGUUGGAAAACGUCAAGGAGGCUUUGCACUUCAUUUGGAACUCAUACGUGCAGUUUCCCAAAACAAUUUAUGAUCUCACCUUGUACUAUGUCAGUGGGUUCUGGGAUGUUUAUGUGGGUAAGGCAGUUUAUGUCCCAUCGGGGAAAACUCAGCUCGAUGAUGAGUUGUAA